CAUGAGCUCUUGCUGCCUGAGGCACCGAUAUCCAGUGACCUUCAGGCCCCAACAUCGCUCAUUCUUCGUCUAUCCUCUCUGUCUUCCUAUCCCGAUACCUGGUCAAUGGGGCUACCACACCUAAACUUUUGCCGGUUCUUCGACAUAUCCGCAAUCAUGGCGGCUGGACUCAAGACCAUCAUCGCGCUUUCAUUUGUCCUUGCAAUCGGAUUCCUCCUGGUAAUUCUCUCCUCGGCACUGUGGCAUAAGUACUGGCCGCUGUUGGUAGUCGCCAUUUACAUUAUUGCGCCUCUUCCCAAUUGGAUCUGUGGAAGAUGUGCAAAUCCAGACGAUUUCAUGGAUAGCUCCAGCAACUCAGCGAUGGAUUUUGGGCGCUUCAUGACUGGCUUCUUGGUUUUGACUGGAAUUGCUCUCCCCGUCGUUUUGGCACACAGCGGGGCGAUCGAGAUACCGGCCAUGAUUAUGUCGAUUGUCGGUGGCUUGUUGAUUUACAUAACCAUUAUUAGCUUCUCUAUGUUCUUUCAAGAGCAGGAAGAGUUCUGA